AUGUCGUUCGGCGGGCAGACGCCAACAAUCAUCGUCCUGAAAGAGGGAACGGACCAGUCACAGGGUCGCGGACAGAUCAUCUCAAAUAUCAACGCCUGCUUGGCAGUUCAGUCAACCAUUAAGAGCACAUUAGGUCCCUACGGUGGUGACCUCUUGUUAGUCGACGAGAAUGGCAAGCAGACAAUCACGAACGAUGGCGCAACGGUCAUGAAGCUUCUCGAUAUCGUGCAUCCAGCAGCCCGAAUCCUCACAGAUAUUGCGCGAUCACAAGAUGCAGAAGUCGGAGACGGAACCACCUCAGUCGUGGUUCUGGCAGGAGAACUUCUGAAGGAGAUCAAGGAGCACGUGGAGCAGGGUGUGAGUAGCCAGGUCAUCAUCAAGGGCUUACGGAGAGCCGGCACAAUGGCUGUGAACAAGAUCAAGGAAAUUGCAGUCAGCACGAGCGAGGGCAACCAGCGGGAAACACUCAGAAAACUGGCUGCAACGGCAAUGAGCAGCAAGCUCAUCCACCGCAAUUCUGACUUCUUCACCAAGAUGGUCGUUGAUGCCGUUCUCUCUCUUGACCAGGACGACCUGAACGAGAAGCUCAUUGGCAUCAAGAAGAUUACCGGUGGUGCACUGCAAGAUUCGCUGUUCGUAAACGGCGUUGCUUUCAAGAAGACCUUCUCAUAUGCCGGAUUCGAGCAACAACCGAAAUCUUUCAAGAACCCAAAGAUCGUGUGCUUGAACGUCGAGCUGGAAUUGAAGAGCGAGAAGGACAAUGCAGAAGUGCGUGUGGAGCAGGUAUCGGAAUAUCAGGCCAUCGUGGAUGCGGAAUGGAAGAUCAUCUACGAUAAGAUGGAGGCGCUUUACAAGACUGGCGCAAAGGUGGUUCUCUCGAAACUUCCAAUUGGCGAUCUUGCAACACAGUACUUUGCCGACCGAGACGUUUUCUGCGCUGGUCGCGUUUCAUCAGACGACCUCGAGCGCGUGUGCCAAGCGACAGGCGCCAGCGUUCAAUCCACCUGCUCCGACCUCCAGCCACAUCACCUUGGUACCUGCGAGAUCUUCGAGGAGCGUCAAACAGGAAGUGAGCGGUUCAACUUCUUCGAAGGCUGUCCAGGUGCCAAGACUUGCACACUUGUGCUUCGUGGCGGUGCUGAGCAGUUCAUCGCGGAAGUCGAGCGAAGUCUUCACGAUGCAAUUAUGAUUGUGAAGCGUGCAAUCAAGAAUCAGACGAUCGUGGCCGGUGGUGGCGCAUGUGAGAUGGAGGUCUCAGCAUACCUGCACGGCUUCGCGGAUAAGAAUGUGCCGCACAAGCAGCAGAGUAUCAUCAAGUCGUUUGCUAAGGCAUUGGAGGUCAUCCCGAGACAACUAUGCGAUAACGCUGGAUUCGACGCUACGGAUAUCCUCAACAGACUGCGGGUAGAGCACCGGAAAGGCAACACUUGGGCAGGUGUCGACUUCGAUCAUGAGGGCAUUCGGGACAACCUGGAGGCUUUCGUGUGGGAACCAGCACUUGUUAAGAUCAACGCCAUUCAAGCUGCCAUCGAAGCUAGCUGCUUGAUUCUGAGUGUAGACGAGACGAUCAAAAACCAGGAAUCACAGCAGCCCCAAGCGCCAGCGAGAGGCCUGCCGCCCGGAGCAGCACAGCGAGCGAUGCGAGGCAGAGGCCGUGGCAUGCCAAUGCGUGGAAGAUAA